AUGUCAGCAUCAACGCCAGACGCACCCCAGGUUCCAGGUCAAAGCAGCACAGCAGUCACUCAAAGCGAGAGUGCCUCACAUGCCCACCCACCCAAGGAGGGGGAGCAGCACUCACAGUUGGGGUGCAUGAGGUGCAUGAGGUGCAUGAGGUGCAUGGGGGACAUGGGGGGCAUGGGGGUUGUGCACUCACAUCUCCGUAAUCAUGCCCUGGGAAUCGCAUGUGACGGCGCUCGCUUUCUCGCAGUCCCCACCAACCACCCAGCCGUCAAACGUUGUGCUCCACGCCUUCUGACAGUCCAGCAGGACUUGCGCUGGCGGCAGGAAAGGGGAGGAGGGGAGGGGGCUGGCGGAAGAGAGGGCUCAGGUCUCAUUGCAUGCCCUCCCACGCCUUCUGACAGUCCAGCAGGACUUGUGCUGGCGGCAGGAGGAGGGGAGGGGGGGAGUGGAAGACACGAAAGAAUGGCAGCCAUUGGAGGAGAGGAAUGCAGGUUGUGGAACGGAGAGGACCCAAAUGGUGGUCCAAAUACUUUUCUCAUUGCAUGCUCCCCCACAUCUCAUCACACGCCCUCCUCUCAUCGUACGGCUUCCACUUCGCACAUCAUAUUCCCUCCCUCCCACCUCACCAUUGCUCUUCCACUUCCACCCAGUGUACAGGAAGGGCGCUGGAAGAACGAGGAGGAGGGCACAGGGGCCAGUGAACAGAGAAUGUAA